AUGAGGAUGCUCAAAGUAUCAGAGAAAGGAUUUGAAAUAACUGCCAUGGCUUUAAGUCCGAAUCGAAACUUUUUAGCUUUUGCUUAUAAAUGCGAGAAACCAUUUGUAAAUAUUUUUGAUAUAUUCAGGUUACAGAAACAGAAGACCUUAUUUUGCCAAGAAUUAAACACUUGUUCGAUCGUUAGUUUGUGUUUUUCAUCUGAUUCUCGAUAUGUCGUAGCCAUAUGUGACGACCCAUCAGCAACCCUCCUUUACUGGUCAUGGGAAAAAAUGCAAGAACCCAUUUCGGUCAAGGUGACGGCUUCACGAGAACCAAAGACUCUUCAUCAUGUGAGCUUUGAUCCUCUCGAUCAUCUCAACGUGUAUGUGUUUGGCAAUCGUCUUCUUAAAUUGUUCCGUUUCGUAGGAAACAGGCACAAACAGUUCACUUUCCCUAAGAUUGUACCUCAAGAUUUCAAAUGCUAUUCCUGGAAAGCGGACCGUCUUUUGGUGGGUACGGACAGCGGUCGAGUGUUAUGUAUUGAAGGUAGGUAUUUAAAACUUGAUUUUAACGUAUUCCGAUAUUUGAAUCCUCCAAACAAUGCCGCAAGGAUGCUUGGAGUGACGGCAAUUGUUAGUUAUUCUAAAGGAUUUAUUACUGCGUGUGGUACACAAUCUGUGCAGUUUUUUGAAAGCAAUAUUCAUGACGAUAAUUACAAGUUUGUUAGGAAUGUUUUGCUACCGUCAGAUACAUUGGAGAAUAACAAACUGUGCGACCAGAUUAUAAAAUGGAUGGUGAUGAAUCCAACGGAUGAUGUUCUCGUUAUUAGCACCAACAUGAAACAACUGUAUUCUACACCAGUUCAUCCAACAAAACAUAAAGUAACUGUGUUUGAGGUUUUAGUACAACCUUUCCAUUAUAAAUCUAUCACUGGAUGUUGUGUCUGUUUGUGGAAACCUCUCAUUGCAACCAGCUCUCUGGACGGUUCCAUAAAAGUGUGGAGCCGCGAAACGUUUACCUUAGAAUUUUCUAAAAACUUUUCAAAAGAAGUAUACAGCAUAUCUAUGCACCCAACGGGACUAUUUCUUCUGGCAGGUUUCAGCCACAAAUUACGUUUCAUGUAUAUUCUUAGGGACAGUUUCAAACCGUUUAGAGAUAUCGACAUCCACAUGUGUACACAUUGCAACUUCAGUCGAGGUGGCCACAUGUUCGCGGCGGUCAACAACAACUUUAUACAGGUAUACUCGUCGAUUACUUUCGAAAUGGUGGCCAACCUGAAAGGUCACACCGGCAAAGUUCAAGCUACCGCUUGGUGUAUAGGUGAUAAUAAUCUAAUCUCAUGCGGCUUGGAUGGAGCAGUUUAUGAAUGGGAAAUAAAAAGCGAGAAGCUAAUCCGUAAGUGUGUCUUGAAAUCCUGUGCCUGUAACGAUGUUGCCAUUAACACCGAGUACAAAAAACUAUAUGUGGCAAGCUCGGAUCAUUCUUUGAGAGAAAUAACCAAAUCGCAUAUAAUGCAAACGUUUCCAUCGAGUAAGUUUCUUUUCACAUCAGUUGCUAUGUCUUGGUCCAAUACAAUGUUAUUUGUAGGAACUAAUAAUGGUUAUAUAAGAAGCUUGGAGUACCCUCCAACACAAAUUGGAAAAUGGAGUAAUUAUCCUUGUCAUAGCCUCGGAAUAACGCACAUGAUUUUCACGACUGAUGAUCGAUACUUAAUUUCAACAUCAAGAGAUGCUUCAAUUGCAAUAUGGAAGGUUAAUGAUGAUGAAGAUGGGAGUUUGAAAAUCGACCAGGGUACCGUUUAUCCUAAAUUGAUUUUAAUUCCAAAAUCUGAUGUGGAAAAAAAAAAUUGUCUAAUUUCAAAGCUGGAAAUCCGCAUUGAAGAACUUGAAAAGGAAAUAGAACACAGAAGGCGCCUUAAAAUCUUGAACUACAACAACAGAAUAAAUGCGAUGUAUGAAUAUAAUAAUAGAAAAAUAGAAAAUUUGAAAAUCAAAAAUGAAAUUCUAGAGAAUAAUAAAAGCAAACAAGAAGCGGAAUACACUGAACAAAUAUCACAUAUUAAGGAAAAGCAGAGCCAAAAUCUGCAGUUAAUCGAAUCUGUUACCGAUAAGAAGUUACUGAAAGAAGACGAAAAUGUUAAGACUAUUCCAAACAUGUUAAUAGCAGUAGAAGAGAAAAACAAACGAGAGAUAAAAGAACUGGAAGAAAAGCAAGAAAUUCUACUUGACCAGUUGAUAGAAGAGUACGAAGGGAAGCUUGUAGAUUUAGAGAAGAAAAGGGAACAGUGCACCGAAAAUAUUUUACUGCAGCAGAAAGAAUUUGAAGAAAUGCAGAAUCUGAUCGAAAUUGAUGCCGAAAUGGAGUUCGUUUCUAGAAAAACUGAUUUCGAACGAUUAUUGUUUCAAGAAAGACAUUUUGCUUCUAAACUAAAAGACGAAAAUAGUGUUUUGAAGAAAGAGGUCUUAGAUUUCUCCACAAAACUAAAAAUACAUGAUGAAGACCGUGACAACUACAAACUGAGAAUUGAGGUAUUGAACACUGUCGUAGAUAAGAAGCAGAAUUGGAUAGAUUAUUUGCAGGAAGUUCUGCAGCUUCGAGAUCGAAAGCCACAGGGUGAAGAGAAACAUUUCUAUGAUAUGGUGCUGGAGAACGCAAGAAUCGUGAAAUUGAAAACUGACCUGGAAUUGAAACAUAUUAUCGAACUGAGACAGCAUUUACAAGAGAGGGAGGCUGAAAUCAAUGCCAUGAGGGCGACAUUCGAGAUUAUGCAAUGUCAACUGGAGAAAAUCACACAUCAGUUACACAUUGUGGACUUCUCGGCAAGGGAAACGAAACAGAAACUAGUGGCUACCUCUCGAAAACUGGACAGAAUACGUAAAACACUGAGCCAAAAAUCGGCCGUGUUACACACGUUCUACUCCGACCUUAUAGGCUGCAUAUCCUUCAUAGAUGAUCAUCAGAAACUGAAGGGCAGCAUCAUAGCUCUUUGUGAAAAAUACAACCAGAAGAAUAUCAAAAAGAUCAUCGCAUCAUACAAAAACCGAAUCGCCAACAUACAUAAGAAAUGGGAUCGGCAGCGGUACAAUUUCGAAUACAUGGUACACAAACUGAAGAUUGAGACUAAGGCCACCGUGAAAAAGUGCACUCUACAGAAUUGUCUGCUAACAGCCAAAAUCAAUAACAAUCGAGGAAAGUUGUUGUUGGAGAGAGAAAAAGAACCGUUUUUUGCAGUCUUAAAAAGCCUCUCGGUAGAAUUGUCUGCUAACAGCCAAAAGCAAUAAAAUUCCAGGAAAGUUUUCGCUGGAGAAAAUAACCGUCUUUUACUGUCUUAAAAGGCAUCUCUGUUGAAUUGUCAGCUAGCAACCAAAAGCAAUAAGAUGCAAGGAAUAAGAGAGAGAAAAGAUUUUUUUUUUUUUGUCUUUUAAAUGGAGUGAGAGAAAUGAAAAUGGAUGUUAUUUGUUGGUCGUUGGGUUUUAAUCAUGCAAACGAAAUGAAACGAAACGAUUCGUAUAUUGUCACAUGUCCAUUUUUUACAUUGAAUGAUAAAACUCAUGCUGUGAAGCAAGAACUUUUCUUAUAAUAUUGUUAUUGCUAAUAAAGUCAACUUCAUCGAA